UCCUGGUGUAUAUCAGCCCAGCUCUGGGCUGCUCAGAGAAAAAGCCGUCUGCUUCUCCUCUCCCGCUCUCCCGCCAGACACCAUGAAGGUGUGCAUUACUGCAAUUCUGACAUGGCUGACAGCUCUGCCCUCUCUCCUGCACUUCGUGAGCGGAGAGCAGCCGAUUAACUGUCUCUGGGGCCCCUAUGGAGACUGGUCGGAGUGUGAUGGCUGCACUAAAACACAGACAAGGACACGCCAUGUCCAGGUGUUUGCCCAAUUUGGGGGGGUCCCCUGUUUGGGCGAGCCCACUGAGAAACGAGAGUGUGUCCUAACAAAAGGCUGUCCUCUAGACCUGGGCUGUGGAGAGAGGUUCCGCUGCUCGUCAGGGCAGUGUAUCAGCAUGGCGCUGGUCUGUAAUGGGGACCAGGACUGUGAGGAAGAUGGGCUGGAUGAGCAGAACUGUCCAGAGUCCAGCAGCUCCAGUGUGUGUGACAACCACAGAGUCCCCCCCAACAUUGAGCUCACCGGCAAGGGGUUUGACGUGCUGACGGGGGAGCUGAGGAGCGGCGUGAUUAACACCAAGAGCUUCGGCGGGCAGUGCAGGAAUGUGUUCAGCGGGGACCACAGGAACUACUACCGGCUGCCCCAGAGCACGCUGGGAUACAACUUCCAGGUCAGCGUUGAGAACGACUUCAGCGAUGAAUUCUACAACAGCUCGUGGUCCUACAUGAAGCACACGGAGAACAGAGAGACUUUCAGAGGGGGUCACCGUUAUAAGACUUUUCAUAAUGAGCUGACUAACGACAAGGCCCACAGGCUGCUGAUCGUCAGGAACGAGGUGGAGGUGGCCCAGUUCCAGAACAGUCCCCCGGAGUACCUGCCGCUGUCGGAGGAGUUCUGGAAGGCCCUGUCCGCCCUGCCGACAGCGUACGAGGCCUCCGCCUACCGCUCGCUCAUCCGGAAGUACGGCACCCACUUCCUGUCCGAGGGCUCCCUGGGGGGGCAGUACCAGCUCCUGCUGCAGUUCGACGCCGAGUCCAUGAAGGAGACGAGUUCCACCGACACCGACUACCACAAGUGCGUGACCAAAGUGAAACGCCGUCUGUUCCGGAAGAAGACCACCACCAAAUGCGAAAAACUCAUCGAGCAUCUCAAGAGCACGAAAGGGUUCAGCAAGAACAAGAUCCCGGUCAAGACGGACGUUCUGGGAGGCGCCCCGGCCUACGUCGCCGGGCUCGGCUACGUGGACCUGGAGGACCCCGCCAGCAACAGCGCCAUGUACUCCAAGUGGGCGGGGUCUGUGAAAGACUUCCCCCAAGUCAUCAAGCAAAAGCUGAGGCCGCUGUACGAGCUGGUAAAGGAGGUGCCGUGCGCGUCGGUGAAGAGGCUUCUUCUCAGACGGGCGGUUCAGGACUACCUGGAGGAGGACGACCCCUGCCACUGCAGGCCCUGCCAAAACAACGGCCACGUCCUGCUGCGGGGAACCAGCUGCACCUGCAUCUGCCCGGCAGACACCUCGGGCCUCUCCUGCCAGCAUGGGACGGUCCUGGAGGAGCAGCCAGGGGUCAUCCAUGGUGACUGGAGUUGCUGGUCCGCUUGGACUUCCUGUUCCGAAGGUCGAAGGUCAAGGACUCGCUCCUGCUCAAACCCGUCCCCCAAGAUGGGAGGCAAGCACUGCAUUGGGGAGACGGUUGAACUUCAAUUGUGCCCUGACCAGGACCUUCAACACCAACAAAUGAUGGAGUCUCACUGUUUUCACUCCUCCCUCAAACCCGAAAAAGUCUGUAAGACUCCACCCCCUCUGAGGAAUGGAUUCAUCAUGGACCCCAAAGACGUCCACGCCAUUGGCAGUAAAAUAGUGUACUCGUGCAUCGAAGGACACCACAUCAUCGGGGAUCCGGUGGCCGUAUGCACAGACCAGCAGACCUGGAGGAAACAUGCAGUCGAGUGCAAGAGCACAGUGUGCAGGUUUCCGCCCCUGCGGCACAACGUCACGGGAGCCCCGUGGAAACUGACCUAUCAGAUCGGAGAGAAGGUGUCCCUGCUCUGCCCGCCUGGGACGCGGCGAGAGGGCGUGGCUGAGAUCGCGUGCGACUCCAGCCUCCAUUGGUCGCCGUCUGCCGGAGACGUAAGGUGCCAAGCAGAAGGGACAGAAGUGUCAACAGAAGUUCCAGAACAAUUCAAACAGCAGUGCAAACCAUGGGAGAAAGCAGUGAAGGACCACUGUGUGUGUAAACUGCCCUAUGAAUGCAGCUCUUCCCUGGAAGUGUGCGCGACCGGGCGGAGAGGGACGCACAGAGUGAGCGUGUGCAAAGUCAAAGCCCUGCAGUGUCUGGGGCAGACUUACACCCUGGCUGAGGACAGCGCCUGCGAUUGGCCGAAGCGUGAGGCCGCACCCUGCCCAGACUGCCCGCCGUGGGAGAAGUGCGAAGAGGGGGCCACUGUGUGUACGUGCAGAGAGGUGGGCCAGUGCCCCGAGCCCGGGACCCACCUGUGCGUCCGGCUGGGGGGGGAAGACGCCGUCGCCGUGACGAUGACGGAAUGCGAGGCGGGAAUCAGGAGGUGCAGAGGGGACCCGAUCACCAUUGUGGCCCUGGGAGCCUGCUCAUCCUGAUGCAGCAUAAACGUUCUCUCUGUAAUGGAGAUCGGUAGUUUAAUGUACAUUCAGACUACUGCACACAGUGCUCCUUGUCCGAGGGGAGUUCACGAUUGCUAUGUACAUAGAAAACAGUACAGAUAGACAGCAAGGGCAACACUUUAAUUAAAAAAUGAAAAACAAGUAUAGAGCAACUCUAAUCUGUCUAUUAUUGGUAGUAUAUCAGCCCUCUGUCGGCAUCAGAUUUCAGUCCUUCAUUUUAUAAUAAAUGGCUGGUGCUCAUUCAUUGAACUUGACAAGCAUGAACUUCCAUUUCAAUGAAAAUGUAAAGUAUUGAAGAAUGUUGCAUGGGGCGUGAGUUUCAUGUGAUGCUCAACUGAUGCAUGAAUACCUUUGAUUUGACUGCGACAUGAAAUAAAUUUAACAAUAUUUUGA